AUGCAUUCGUGGAUGAAGCGAGCUUUAGCAGCUCUCCCGUUGACGGUUCAACCUGUGCUAGCCCAGCAUGUGGUUGACCUCACUGGGGAUGGUUGGACUGUCAGCAGUAAAGCUCUGAAUAUCUCAGUUCCCGGUCACUUGCCUUCUCAGGCACACUUAGAUCUUUAUGCUGCGAACGUUAUUGAUGAUCCGUACUAUGGUCUCAACGAUUUCGAUCUACGGUGGAUUCCGUAUAACAACUGGACCUAUACCAGUCACCCUCUUCGUGAAGUGUCUACCAAAUCCAAGUCAUCUUGGCUUGUGUUCAACGGGCUAGACACAUUUACAACAAUCGAGCUCUGCGGGAAAUUCGUCGGAACCACCGACAAUCAGUUCCGUCAGUAUACCUUCGAUGUCUCAGACAUCGUCAGUAGCUGCAAGGGCGACCCUAUUCUGUCCUUGAACUUUGGGAGUGCCCCCAAGAUUGCUAAUAAAAUUGCUGAAGAUCCGAUGGCCGAAAAGUGGCCCUACGGUCCUCAGCAAAUCUAUGAGUUCGAAAACCGCUGGUAUAUUCGCAAAGAACAGUCUGAUUUUGGAUGGGAUUGGGGCCCAGCCUUUGCUCCUGCCGGUCCAUGGAGAGAUGCGUAUGUUGUGCAAUUCGAGAAGGAAGAGAGCAUCUACGUCCUGAACACCGACUUGGAUAUUUUCCGCCAAGGCCAAAUUAAUCACCUUCCUCCGGUCCAAAGCAAUCCAUGGGUUGUAAAUGCGAGUAUCGACUUUCUAGGUUCUCUCCCAAGCAAUCCCUCAAUGCACAUCGAAAUCAAAGAUGUCGAGUCCGGAAAGGUCCUCAAGUCUGCUGCUCUGGACGAUAUUCACACAUCAGGUCAAACUAUUACCGGAACUAUCACUGUCGAUGCUGAUGCACCAAGCCUCUGGUGGCCUAGCGGUAUGGGCAAACAAAAUCUCUACUACACCACUAUCACCGUGAAUGGUGAAAAGCAGGACACACUUGCAACCGUCACGAAGCGUACUGGAUUCCGCACAAUUUACCUUAAUCGCCUUAACAUUACUGAUGACCAAUUGGCACAAGGCAUUGCUCCAGGAGCUAACUGGCAUUUUGAGGUGAAUGGUCAAGAGUUCUAUGCGAAAGGGUCGAACUUUAUUCCCCCAGACGCGUUCUGGCCACGAGUGACCGAAGAGAAGAUGCAGCGUCUUUUCAACGCCAUCGUAGCAGGAAAUCAAAACAUGCUUCGUGUAUGGGCCUCCGGUGCCUAUCAGCCGGACUUCAUAUACGACAUUGCGGAUGAGCGUGGAGUUCUGCUGUGGAGCGAAUUCCAAUUCAGUGACGCUAUGUACCCUGUCAACGAGACCUUCUUGGAAGAUGUUGCAGCCGAGGUAGCAUACAAUGUGCGACGAGUCAACCAUCAUCCAUCACUCGCCUUGUGGGCUGGUGGCAACGAAAUUGAGAGCCUCGAGCUCCCUCUCAUUCAGGAAGCAGACCCCGACAACUACGCUUACUGGGUUGGACAAUAUGAGCAGCUCUUCAUCAGCCUUAUUCUGCCUAUUGUCUACGAGAACUCAAGAUCCAUCUCUUAUAUGCCCAGCAGUACUAACAAUGGCUACUUGUAUGUGAAUCUUUCGGCGCCAGUGCCCAUGGCUGAGCGCUACGACAAUACUACGAGUGGGGAGUACUACUCAGACACAGACCACUACAACUACGACAGCAGUGUUGCAUUUGAUCUUAGCACGUAUCCUAUCGGACGAUUUGCAAACGAAUUCGGCUACCAUAGUAUGCCAAGUCUCCAGACCUGGCGCCAGGCCGUCGACGAAGAAGACCUUCAUUUCAAUAGCAGCACUGUCAUGCUCAGGAACCAUCACUAUCCGCCCGGUGGCACUGAGACCCAUAACUACAAGAACACCUCCAUGGGCAUGGGGGAGAUGACAAUGGCUGUUGAACGCUACUAUCCUAUUCCCAACAAACAGGAUUCCGUAGCUAAUUUCAGUGCAUGGUGUCACGCGACACAGCUUUUCCAAGCAGAUAUGUACAAGAAUCAAAUCCAGUAUUACCGCCGAGGUAGCGGAAUGCCCGAGCGCCAACUUGGAUCCUUGUACUGGCAGCUCGAGGAUAUCUGGCAGGCACCUACAUGGGCGGGUAUCGAGUACGAUGGCCGGUGGAAAGUUCUCCACUACGUCGCUCGCGAUAUCUACAAGCCCAUUAUUGCUGCUCCAUACUGGAACUAUACUACUGGGGAUCUCUCGGUGUACGUUACUUCGGAUCUAUGGGAGACAGCUCGUGGAACAGUGAACUUGACCUGGGUUGACCUCUCCGGAAAGCCUAUCAAGGGUAAUGCGAACACUCCUACAUCUAGUCAGUUCACUGUCGGGGGUCUCAAUACCACCAAGAUCUUUGACGCGAAUAUCGCAUCUCUGCAUCUCCCCGACAAGGAAAAUGCGGUUCUGGUGAUGUCUGUUCAAGCUAGCGGUCACCUUCCUAACUCUGAUAAUGGAACUGCUUCCACCUUCACCCAUCGGAAUAAGUUCACGCCUGUCUUCUCUAAUAAGUUGGCUUUGAUCGAUCCCAAGGUAGAGGUUUCUCACGAUCAGAAGACUGGCGUUUUUACUGUUGAGGCCAAGAGUGGUGUGUCUCUUUACACUUGGUUAGAUUACCCAGCUGGUGUUGUGGGUUACUUCGAUGAUAACGCCUUUACUCUUCUCCCUGGAGAGAAGCGCAAGAUUGGCUUUACCGUACAAAAGGACGAGACUAAUGGUAAGUGGGUGCAAGAUGUAACCGUGCAAAGUCUCUGGGAUCAAACGACAACAUAG